AUGGCGCUCUUUCUUGUUCAAGAGAAGAAGCGCGAAGAGAAUCGGGAUGCUGCGGAGGAGAUUAAAUGCUCCGCAAUUUUCAAGAAUCAUGCUUUCCCUUCUCAAAUGGUUGAUGGUCCUCGCUUAGCACGCACAGGGAUUGAAGUGAAACCCGGCAAGCCUUAUACUCAGAAGCCAAAUGGGUCGAGGCUUCGCAUCUCCCAGGGGACACUCGGGACUGGUGUUGCCACCACCAAGAGCACGGUGCAAUGCAAUGUGGGCAAUGCGACUCCUGUAUUUAUAUGCUCCUUGCUUCCGGGAAAAGAAGAAUCUGCUCAGAUAAAUUUGGAAUUCGAGGAAGCCCAGCAAGUCAUUUUUCUGUUCUCGGUGUUCGCAGUGUUCACCUCACAGACUGUUUCAUACACUAAAUAUAGAAGCUUCAUUCUAGAGUUCCGUUCCUUUAUAAUGAUUAUUAGAGAGUCCUACGGAGAAGAUAUUGCAGACACUGAGACAGAUAUUUCUGAGGACGACGACAAGUAUGAAGAUAGCUUUAUCAAUGAUGGUGGUGUUGAAUUCCUUCCACCUUCUCCUAUGCUGAAUAAAUCAGCAGAGGAGGAGAAACCAAACCACAAGAAAGGAAGAAAGGGAAAAGACCGUCGUCGACGACUUAGGAAAAAGCAUGAAAAAAGUGAAUCUAAUAAGGUCAAUAGCUUGCCACAACAGAAUUCUGAGGGCCUGUUGUUAGAAUCCGAUGAGGAAGAUUUCUUUGUAUCCUCUCUACUUAAGAAAAAGUCUUAUGCGAAGGACUCAGAAAUAAAUGUCCCAGUUGUAGUCAUUGAAUCUCCUUUAGAUGUUGUCAAGAAGAAGGGAAAGCAAGAUGGAAGCACCACCAUGAAAUCAUCUGAACCUUUGCCUCCUGUUGUUGGCAUUGAACCUGGAAGCACUGCAAUGAAAAUGAAGAGUAAAUUGCGUAUUGUGGAGGGAGAGAUGCAGAAUCAAGCAUGGCAGGAAGAUAAGGAACCAAAAGCUGAGGAUCCGAGUAAGGAGAGAUCUGCUGUUGAAAUUAAGCAAGCUCUAAGUAGAGAGAAUUGCAAGAAGUCCAAAAAAAAGAAAAGGAAGGACAAUAGCUUGCCCCAUCAGAAUCCUGGAGCCCGGUCGUCAGAACCUGAUGGUGAAGAUUUCUUCGUAUCUUCUCUACUUAAGAAAAUGUCUUCUGCGAAGGACUCGGAGACUCAGAUCCCAGAUGUAGUCAUGGACACACCGCUAGAUGUUGCCAGGAAGAAGCAAAAGCAAGAUGGAAACACUGCCGUGAAAUGUUCUGAAAGUUUGUCUCCUGCUGUUGACGGCAAACCUGGAAGCUCUGCAAAUAAAAUAAAGAGGAAAUUGCAGUUCAUGGAGGAAGAGAUGCAAAAUCAAGCAUGUCAGGAAGAUAAAGAACCAAAAGCCGACGAUCCAACUCAGAAGUGA